AUGUUCAGGCAAACUAAAAGAAGAACGGCGGGUCGUAGGAAUUUCGAACAAGGAAAAAAUGGUAGCAUCUACCAAUCAUUAAGCUCAGCAAAUCAAUACAACUCAAGGUUAUCAUUUUAUGAUUUACCGCCGUUAGAAGAAAUAACACUAGAGGAAUUUGAAACAUGGGCUAUUGAUAGGCUAAAGAUCUUAAUAGAGAUUGAGUCAUGUGUCGCUAGAUCGAAAUCUAUUAAGGAUAUCGAACAAACAAUCAAGCCAUUAUUUUUGAAAUAUUUACCACUUAAUCCAUCAUCGACUAAUAAUGAGGCCAUGACGUACCAAGAACGUCGAAAAGAUCAUUACUCGCAUUAUAUAUUGAGGUUGGUUUUCUGUCGUACAGAAGAAUUAAGAAAAAAGUUCAUCAAGAACGAGACUAUACUCUUCAAGGUCAGAUACAAUAUGUUGCAACCGAAGGAACAACAAGAAUUUAUAGCUAGUUAUAAAGACAAAUUGCCGUGGCAAUACAUAUCUAACGAAGAAAAGGUGGAUAUGUUUGAGGACUUAUAUGCGGCGACUGGAGCCACCGUGAGAAAUGUGUUAUUUAUGGAAAGUGGAGAUCCAAGUUUCACCAUUACGAAUGAACAAUUAAAGCAGCACAUUAGAGUGAAAGAGAAUUUUAUUAAAUUACCAUUCGAUAAGGUUCCAAAUUUGGUGGCAUCAAGGCUGGUCUUGUUGAAGAGUGGUUAUGCUUACAUUCCAUCCACUUUGCAACUAAACUUAUUGUCCAUCGAAUUCCAAGAUAUUUUGACCAGAAAUUUGAUGAGAACAUUUCAGACCUUACCAAGGUUAGAAGAAGAUGACAGAUUAUUGCCAUUGCUAAACAACUUAUCCCAUAAUUUUUCGAACAUUCAAUACGAAUCAGCAUUUGGAAGCGAUCCUUCCUUAAUAUCAGAUAUAAAUGCCCAAUCUAUUACCACGCCGGCUAUCAAUAAGCACUACCCAUUAUGUGCAUCUCAUUUACAAAAGAACUUGAUACUAAACUCACAUAUGAAAUAUCAAGGACGUCAACAAUUAGGCCUCUUCUUAAAGGGUAUAGGCUUAAAUGUUGAUGAAGCCUUAAAGUUCUGGUCCUACCAAUUCACCAAAUCAUCAAAUGCAAUUAACUUAGAAAAGUUUAAUAAAGAGUAUAAAUAUAAUAUUCGUCACAAUUAUGGUUUAGAAGGUGCAAGAAUUAACUAUAAACCUUGGGAUUGUGCAAGGAUUUUACUGAAGCCAAAACCUAGUAAGGGUGAAUAUCAUGGGUGUCCGUAUCGUGAUUUGAGUGUAGACGCUUUAGUUAAUAAUUUGAACGAAAUGGGUAUUAAUGAUCAACAAGAUAUUAAUGGUGUCAUCGACGAUGUCAGCAGAAAUGACUACACUGUUGCAUGUACCAGAGUUUUCGAGAUGACCCACAAAAAUCAACUUGACAAGAGUAAUAAGGCUACAGAGGGAAUGCAUAUUAAUCAUCCAAAUCUUUAUUUUGACAGAUCAAGACAAUUAGAUAGGCUUGAUUCCAAAACUUCUCAAUCGGUAUCUAGUAAUUAA